AUGCAAUAUGUCACGUGCAUUGUUACAAAAAACUCACCCUUGUCACUCUACCUUCAAAAAGAAAAGCUGGACGGACACCCUAUUGAUGAAGGGAUUUCAAAAGCAAUGAACGACAUCAACGAUUACACAAACGAUAACUGCCAGUAUUCUAUGGACAAUUUGUUGGGACAGAUUACGGGAGAACCACCAACUGUGAAAACCAUCAAAUUCAGAAUGAAGGAGUUUUUCUUUGGCAAUGAAAAUAAUAAAAUAAGACUGAUUCAGUAUCUCACCGCGGAAACCACAACAGCAGGAAUUCAAACAACUGUUGCAACAAGAGAUACUGAUAGUAUUAUUGUCAGCAUGGCUCACCAAAUUCACCUAAAUGAAAACGAAAUCGCCUGCGCACUUCAAUGUGAUUUAAGUGAAGAUGGACUCGACUUAGAUGACGAUAGUUUGAUGGAUCCUGACUUUGAACCAGAUUUUGAAGAGUCGAUUGACGAAUCUUUGGAAGCUGAAUUCGACAUAGAUGCACUAGUAGACACCUUGAAUGAUGACGACCGUAACUCCAACUUUGAGGUAGAAGUAGGGCCGGCCUUAUCUAGUUCAGACAUUCCAGAACUCAUAAAGAGAAUUUCGGAAGAGACAAACCUCUACGUGGUACAAAAAGACCCAAACAGCACGUUUCGUGUAUCGGAGACAGAAAUGCGUCAAUUUAUAGGGGUAGUAUAUAUGAUGUCACUGAUUCAGCUACCCAGAGUGACCAACCACUGGAGUUCCGUCUUGGGUACACCUGUAAUUCAACAGACCAUGCCUUCUAAUAAAUUUGAAAAGAUUAGACAAUAUCUGCAUUUUAAUGAUAACACUAAAUGUCUACAUAGGACCCACCCUGACUCCGAUAGGAUCUUCAAAAUUCGCCCAGUCGUUGAUGCCUUGAACGAAUCUUAUGGUAAAGUUCCAUUAGAAAAACAACUUUGCGUAGAUGAGCAAAUUUGCUCUACAAAAGCGCGUAACAUGCUGAAAAGGUAUAAUCCCAAGAAACCGCAUAAGUGGGGUUAUAAAUUAUAUGUUUUGAGUGGUGUUUCCGGUUUUGCUUAUACAAUAGAGAUUGAAUCUGGCAAAGAGAAUGUUGUCAGACCCGACGAGCCAGAUUUAGGAGCUUCUUCCAAUGUAGUAGUGAGAUUAUCGCGUAUGAUUCCGCGACACCAAAAUUACAGGCUCUAUUUCGAUAACUACUUCACAUCCUUGCAUCUUUUGGAAUAUUUAGCAAAAGAAGGUAUUCUUGGGCUAGGUACUAUUAGAAGGAAUAGAAUACCUGACUGCAAGCUGUCGUCAGAAAAAGAGAUUAUGAAGAAAGAUCGAGGAUAUUCUGAAGAGUACAUAGCUGAUGUCAACGGCGUCGACGUGUCAACGGUUGUAUGGAAGGACAAUAAGCUUGUUACAUUGGCUUCCACAUUUGCUGGUCUAAAUCCUAUAAGCGAAGUCCGGAGAUACGACAAAAAGAACUCAAGAUACAUAAACAUCCCGCGACCUAAUGUUGUGAGCGAGUAUAACCGUCAUAUGGGCGGUGUGGACCUUGUAGAUAGCAUUAUGGGCAUCUACAAGAUAAAACUGAGAAGCAAACGUUGGCAGAUGCGUCUCUUCUAUCACUUCUUAGACCUAACAAUGGCUAAUGCAUGGCUGUUCUAUAAAAGAGUCUGCAAGUAUAAAAACAUUCCCAACAAGACCAUCAUGGCAUCUGCAGAUUUUCGCCUGGAAAUUGCCGAAACAUUGUGCAAGAUGGGGGUGAAAACGGGUUUAACAAUACGCCGAUCUAUUGAAGGUCAAAUCCUAGCAAAGAAACACAAAGGACCUGCCCAACAUGUACCUCCACAAGCAGUCCGCCAAGAUCAAGUCGGUCACUGGCCUCAAUGGGCAGAAAAAAAAUCCGUUGUAAGUUCCCAAAGUGUGCUGGAUUUACUCAUACGGAGGGAUCGGAAGCAAUCCCUCGCGGACGAGUACAUUGCUGCAGCGCUGGAAGAUGGUGCGGAUAGUGACGAUGGUCUAGAUUAUGACGAUGACAGUCUUGCGGACCCCGAUUUUAUACCCGAACUGGAAACAUUCGAAGAUGACAAUGUGGCGUUGGACAUUGACAUGAUUCUCUAA